AUGUCUGAAGCUAAAAUCCUCCACGAGGGUUGGGGAACAAAAUUAGGUGGCAUAUUUAAGACUUGGAGAGUAAGAUGGUUUACUCUCACAAAAUCUUCUCUAACUUAUUCUAAAUCAAAGAAUUCUCGCAUCAAAGGCAAAAUUGAUUUGUCCAAGGUUAAAGAAGUCAGUCCAAUGCCAGAUUGUGUUUAUCCAAAUGCAUUCAAGGUUGUUAUUCCUGGAGUCCGAACAUAUCAAAUCCAUUGCAAUUCUCCAGAUGAAAUGAAAAAUUGGGUUUCUAUCAUUAAUAAAGUCCUAUCAGGCAAAAAUAUUAAUGAUAUUACAGCAGAUGACUUCGAAAUACUAAAAGUGAUCGGAAAAGGAUCAUAUGGAAAAGUUCAAUUGGUCAAACUUCGGAACACAAAUGAUAUCUAUGCAAUGAAGUCAAUCUCAAAGAAAUUACUUGGAGAAUACGAACUCAUUUCACGGAUUAUUACUGAAAGAAACGUUGUUCUUAAAAUUAAUCAUCCGUUUUUAAUUUCGGCAAGAUAUGCAUUUCAAAACGAUACUAAGAUCUUCUUAGUGUUAGAUUACGCCCAAGGUGGAGAAUUGUACUCAAGACUCAAAGAAGAACAAAAAUUUUGCGAAGAAAGGGUUAAAUACUACUGUGCGAUGCUAGCCAUGGCUAUAGGAUAUCUCCAUUCGAUGGGUAUAUGCUAUAGAGACCUCAAACCAGAAAAUAUCUUGUUUGACAAAGAUGGUUAUAUUAAAUUAACCGAUUUUGGCUUAGUUAAAGAGCAUAUGGCCAAAGAAGAUAAGACAGAAACGUUUUGUGGCACUCCGGAAUACGUUGCUCCAGAAAUUAUCAUGAAUCAACCUUAUGACAACAGCGUUGAUUGGUGGUCCCUUGGUACUCUUGCUUAUGAGAUGUUAUUCGGCGUUCCUCCAUUCUACAAUCUCAAUAUAAACGCAAUGUACCGAGCAAUAUGCAGAGAUGAAGUCGAUUUCCCUCAGAACGCAUCGAAAGAAGCUGUUGAUUUCAUAAUUAAGCUUCUCGACAAGGAUCCGAAAUCAAGACUCGGUUCCGGACCCGCAGAUUACAAAGAUGUCCUUGCUCAUCCAUCCCUUGCAGGUUUAAGUGAAGAAGCAUUAUACAAGAAGCAAAUACCAAUGAAAUGGAAGCCAAAGAUUUCAAGUAAAAUCGAUGUCUCUCAUUUUGACAAAGAAUUCACUCGCGAAGCGCCAAAAUUAACUUACGAAGAUCCAACACUUGUCGAUGAUAAUGUUCAGCACCAAUUACAAGGAUUCUCUUUAAUCAAUGGACAAGAAACUCCCGACUCUGUUUAA